AUGGCGGCGAAGUCAGUGUUCCUGGCGGCUUUGUGCCUAUCUUCCGCUUCCGCAUCAUCGAAUGUGACCGGGCCACGGCAGCUGGGCGAAGUUGAUGUGGUGGAAGAGGUGUGCAGUCGCAUCGGCCGGGGCUUCUGUGAGACCAGCCUCAACAUGCCCACAGGCGUGACAAUGUCCUACAAGGACGCAUGCACCACCAAUGUGUGUGCCAGCAGGCAACAUUGCGGUGAGACGUGCGUGAAAGUGCCGGAUACCUUGCGGAUCGACUGGGAAGACGUGUCUCCUUGUGAUCACUUCGGCGUGGGGUCAUUGGUUCGCACCGCCGAAAAGACCUGCAGCUGUCUCGGCAAGUUGAAGGGCUUCCUGGAGCAAGCGUCUGAGUUCGACUCGGAGCCGUCUGCCAAGGCCCUGACAGCCGCAUCGGAGAUGUUUGCGUGUUUGGUGAAGAAUGGCUUUCAUGUACAGACCAACAAGCCGGCAGUGGUUCAGCAGUUGACUGCCGGAGACGACUACAUCAUCCAAGCGGCGCCCGUCGACUUGGAGCUGUACACCUCCAUGGCAGUCGCCAUCAGUGCCUGUGUUGGUGGUGGCGCAUGUCAUUUGAUCCAUGGUGUUAUGUUGGACUACUUCAAGUCUGCCGCCCAGGAUGUUGGUGCCGGAUUCAAAGACUUCGUUGAGACCUUCGUCCUUACCGGCCUGCUUCAACCCUUGGUGACCGCCUCGGAGGUGCCUCAGAUGCUGGCAAACGAUUUGCCGCAGGCACUGCAUUGCAAGGCGAACGCCACGGAGGAAGCCUUCAAGCAGCUGCAGAUGAAAAUCGAAGGCGUCAAGGACUUCUUCCAGAACUUGAAGUUGAAGGUGGAGAACAUCCAGAAACAGUCGCAGAAGACCCUGGAUGCGCUGGAUGGAGUCCUGGAGGCUUUGGACAGCUCGGUCACGGCCGUCAUCGAACAUCUGCAAGAGGGAAAGGUGCCUUUGCUUGACGCAGUGAAGCAGAUCUCCGACUUGCGCGAGGUAAAGGAUCUAUUCGACUCGCUUGAGAGCCUGAAGGCUGAGGCCGCAGGGGUGAAGGAUCGCGCGGAGGAGUUGGAUGGGCUGAAGAUGGACCUGAAGGACUUGGGCACUGCUGACAAUUGUGGCUUGAACGACUUGUUGGACAACCUGAAGGAGAUUCCCAGUUUGAAAGACUGGGUGGCUGCGCCUGCCCGUAUGAUUGAGGCACUUGACAUCAACGCCAACAGCGUGCAGGCAGGUAUUGUCAGCUACAACCAGUGGGCCGACUUGAAUGUGGAACUCCCCUGCUCGAAGAUGGAGCGCUGGGAAUCUUCACUACUGGGUCAAACCGUCUCGGCAGACAUCCCCAAGUUCUACUCUUGCGACUUUUCCUACAAGUUGCCCCUGCCCAAUGAGCAUAUCCCCUACUUGCGCAUCAAGGACGCGGCUAAAGCUUUGGCAGCCGCGUGA